UACAACCUUUUAUUUUUUAGCUAUAAAUAUUUAAAACAAUAUACAAUAACAUUAUUUAGCUGAAAAAUUGAAAAAAAAAAAAACAAAAUAAAAAUUUUGCAAAUGAGACAAUGUAAUCAACUAAAACUUCUUUAUGUUUUUACCUACAAUAAUAUGAGACUGUAUAAUAAGAUAAAAAAAUGCUAUAGGUAUGCUUCUUGAAAGUAAAUUAUUUUUUAUCUUCCUUAUUACAUUAAGAAAUUUUAAUUAAAAGUACUUUAUUUUUUGUUGUUGUGUUUUUUUGUUUUUGACUUUAAUUGGAAAACUGUUAACGAAGAAGAAUCGUCCUUGUCCCAAACACCUUCCAAAGUAAAUUGCAGCUCACGUUUAAGGUAAGCGUUGACAAAAAUACAAAACGAUAUGGUAAUAACAACACAGACAAUAAAUAUCUUAAAUGUUAUUAUAUUUGCGUAGUUGAGUGUUUCGUAUUUUAAAGAAAGAAAAAUCUCCCCACAACGCAAAAUAAAUUAAAUUUUGAUACCAAUUUCAAGUCAAGUAAGAGUAAAAAUGUGGACCGAUAUAUGCACUUAUUUAGUUAUAUUAUCAAUUAUGCUCAUGUCCAUUUAUUUUAAAAAUUAUAUCAGAAGUGUGUAUUUGGCAUUUCAACUUUCUGGACCUCCAGCAGUACCGUUUAUAGGGAACGUACUCUUACUGAAAAAUGACCGAAAAUUAGAAGAAAUAGCCGAGAAGAUGUCUGAAAUCUACAGUCCAUUUAUGCGUUGUUGGUUAUCAAUAUUUCCAAUUUUUUUUAUUUAUGAACCAAAAGCCUUACAGAUUAUUCUAGGCACUAACAGAUACACCACUAAAAAUAUAUUUUAUAACUGUUUACAUAAUGUGGUUGGUGAUGGUCUUAUAACUUCUUCUGGUGAAAUAUGGAAACAACAUCGAAAAUUAAUUCAACCGUACUUUCACAUUAAUGUUUUACGAGUGUUUUUUGACAUAUUUUUGAAAUGGUCAAUUGUUGUAGUCCACGAUUUAGAAAAUGAGACAGACGUUAAUAUUACUAAGUUUGCAAAUAAAUUUGUUUUUGAUGUUCAGGAAGAAUCAAUAUUAGGCAUUUCUGGGAAAAGAUCAGAGUCAUCUCCUUAUAGAGGGGGGCAAUUUCUGAUGGUGCACAGAAUUACAAGACCUUGGCUGCUUUUUAACACAAUUUUCAAAAGAACCGACUUUUCAAAAGUGGAAGAAAAUCAAAAAAAUGUGCUACAGCAAUAUACAAAAUCUAUUUUAGACAGUAAAAGAACAAAUUUAAACUGCACCGCUAUGAAUAAUUUAAUGAACAUGUUGAUGGAAAUCUCGAACAUGAAUCCGGAAUUUACAGAUAAUGAUAUUGUAAAUGAAACUUCUACUUUUAUGUUAGCAGGACAAGAUUCUGUGGGAGCUGCGUUAUCAUUCACAUUAUAUUCUCUAGCCGCACAUCAAGAUAUUCAAGAAAAAGUUUUGCAAGAGCUAAAUGAUAUUUUCAAAGAUGGAAAUCAAGUAGUAACCUUUGAAGAUGUUGCUGAAAUGAAGUACUUGGAGCAAUGUAUUAAAGAAACUUUAAGACUGUAUCCAAGUGUUCCAAUGGUCACUCGAAAAGUGACUGAAGACAUACCUUUAGGAAAAUACACACUUCCAGCAGGAACAAAUAUUGUGAUUUCUCCCUUCGUCACUCAUAGAUUACCACAUGUGUUCCCUGAUCCAUUGAAGUUUGAUCCUGAUCGCUUUUCUGCGGAAAAUAAAAUAAAGAUUCAUCCAUAUGGAUACAUUCCCUUUAGCGCUGGACCUCGUAACUGUAUCGGUUACAAAUUUGCAAUAAUAGAAUUGAAAACUGUAAUCUCCCAAAUAUUAAGGAAAUAUCAUGUGUCAUUAGUCCCUGGACGAGAAAAAUUAAAUUUAUCAUAUAGGAUGACCUUGAAAGCCAAAAAAGGAAUUUGGCUAAGGCUGAAGAAGAGGAGUGUGUAGAAUAUUAAAAAUUUAAUUUCCAUAAAAAUAUUGUAAGCGGGAUAGGAUCUACAGAAGAAUUAAAACCACUUUGAUUAAAAUGCAGAGCUUCAUCUUCGUUAGAAUUUAAAAUAAAAAAAUUUGAGAUCAAUAAAUUGAUAAUGAAUUUCAGCUUGUUGUUUAAAUAAUAAAAAUAUCUAAUCGAGUAUCUAAUAUUAAAAAUAGUUUUGUUGUUUUGCUUGUAAGAUUUUAUUUUUUAUUUGAUUUUUGUAAAAUGCAUUUUUUAAAUAAAAUAGUAUUGCUGAUACAUCGAUACUACUCUGGUACUCUUUAUCUAUUCUUAAGUUUUUAGUCUUUAGUUUUAGCCUUUUAUUCUACUUCCCAUCUAAUUUUUUAAUGUUAUUUUUUUGACUAGGUACGUUUUUAUUAAGACAUAUCUUACGUUACUGUGGUCUUGCGUUUUAGAUGUACGCCUUUAUGUUUCUACCUACCUUUUGUUACUCUUAAAAAUUUAAAUUUUUUUAAUAUUAUUAGAAACAGUCUCCCUAUACCACCUGAUCAAGUCAUGUCAGCAUUAUCUUUAAUUUU